AGAUGGCAAUGUCUCUCAUCCAAGCGUGCCGCAGCCUGGCUCUCUCAACAUGGCUGCUUUCCUUUUGUUUCGUGCAUCUGGUCUGCCUGGACUUCACCGUGGCCGAGAAGGAGGAAUGGUACACAGCCUUCGUGAACAUCACCUACGCCGAGCCCGCGCCGGACUCCGGGGCCGGGGCGGCGGGCGGCGGCACCACCGCCGCCGAGCUGCACACCGAGAGGACCGAGUGCGGGCGCUACGGGGAGCACUCGCCUAAGCAGGACGCCCGCGGGGAGGUGGUCAUGGCCAGCUCGGCCCACGACCGUCUGGCCUGCGACCCCAACACCAAGUUCGCCGCCCCGGCCCACGGCAAGAACUGGAUAGCCCUCAUUCCCAAGGGCAACUGCACCUACAGGGAUAAGAUCCGGAAUGCGUUCCUGCAGAACGCCUCCGCCGUGGUCAUCUUCAACGUGGGCUCCAACACCAACGAGACCAUCACCAUGCCCCACGCAGGUGUCGAGGACAUCGUGGCAAUCAUGAUCCCUGAGCCCAAGGGGAAGGAGAUAGUAAGCCUGCUGGAGAGAAACAUCACUGUGACCAUGUACAUCACCAUCGGGACCCGGAACUUGCAGAAAUACGUGAGCCGCACCUCGGUCGUGUUUGUGUCCAUCUCCUUCAUCGUGCUCAUGAUCAUUUCCCUUGCCUGGCUGGUCUUCUACUAUAUCCAGAGGUUUCGAUAUGCAAAUGCCAGGGACAGGAACCAGCUUUUGGUUUUUCAGCGUCGACUGGGAGAUGCAGCAAAGAAAGCAAUCAGCAAGCUCCAGGUCAGGACCAUCAAGAAGGGUGACAAGGAAAUGGAGCCGGAUUUUGACAACUGUGCCGUUUGUAUUGAGGGGUACAAGCCCAACGAUAUCGUCCGGAUCUUGCCCUGCCGGCAUCUUUUCCACAAGUCCUGUGUUGACCCCUGGCUCCUAGACCAUCGCACCUGUCCUAUGUGCAAGAUGAACAUUCUUAAAGCCCUAGGGAUCCCGCCCAACGCCGACUGCCUGGACGACUUGCCCACCGACUACGAGGGAUCUCUGGGAGGUCCGCCCACCAACCAGAUCACAGGCGCAAGUGACACGACCGUAAACGAAAGCUCGGUCACUUUGGACCCUGCUGUCCGGACUGUGGGAGCCCUGCAGGUCGUCCAGGACCCAGAUCCCGCCCCUCAGGAGGGAGAGAUCAUCUUCACCACCAACAGUGAGCAGGAGCCAGCUAUAAGCAGUGAUUCUGAUAUCUCACUGAUCAUGGCGAUGGAAGUUGGACUGUCUGAUGUAGAACUUUCCACUGACCAAGACUGCGAAGAGGUGAAAUCUUGAAACGGCAAAUAGAGAAAAGAGGGAUGGUAGGAUGCGAGGGGAAGGGAGGGAGGAGUGCCCCAAGAUUGGACCCGGCACUCAACAUCUCCAGAACACCUUGGCAACUCCAGGGCGCUCCACUCAAGAAUGGUACCGCAAAGCAAUAUCCAAAGUCACGUUCAUCAGGAUGCAAUUUCUCCGUCUCUGCAGCAGGCCCUGGCCUUGGCACCUGGGAAGCUGAAAGCUGAUUUUCUCUCUCAUGUCCUUGUAGACACACACUUCAGAAGUUCCCGAAACAGACUGAAAGGACACUCUUAGGGCUUCUUGGUUUCAUUUCAGUUUUUCCUGGGGUCUUGUUUUCCUGUUUGGGGAAUGUGGUUGAUUUCUUCGUCGGUUUCUUUUUAAGGACUAUGUGUAGUUUACUUUAUGUUCACUCCUUUGUGUUUCCUUUGAUUCACUCCAGCUUUCGUGCCGAGUUCUGUUUAGAAGCAUCAGUUCCUGCUCUGACCAGUUUGUAUUCCAUCUCUGAGAUUAAUGGCCUUGACCUCUCAGCAUGAAGUGUGCAUGGCUUUGGGAAGUGCCUCGGCACCUUGAAACAGUCUAAGGCCAGCUUUCGUUUAGAAUCUAAGUUCUUUUAAGUGGGUCUUAAAACUCCCAGCUGCCAGAGAGCCCAACACCAAGCUCUGAAUCUGCGGAGGCCACUGCUCAUGUUUUUCACUACACACCCUGGCUUCCACUUGCCCAGCUCUGUUAAGGACUCACGUGACUUGAGGAGGAAGCUCUAGGGAGGCACGUCAAUCCUUCUGGGUCUUAGCAGUCUUUGACUGAAAUGCUGAAAUCACAAUUUCCCUCUUGGAGCAUUAGCGCCAUUCCAAGUGGCUGUAGGGCUUGUCCGUCACUGGGACGACAAGCCUAAUUUUCAAACCAGAUACCACAUACCCUUCCUGAAAGUGAACCGUCUGUUGCAUUGGUUUCCCAAGGCUACGACAAUCUCCUGUUACCUCCACAAGUGGGUCCUGCAGGAGAUGGAAGCUUUGGAAAAGAUCCAAGCAUCUUUGGAUCCAACACAGAGCAUCCAGGUCUUACUUUAAUUCCAGUACACUUCUGUUCAACCUCACCAGACCUCGAGGAAGGAUUUAGGUGAAUCCUUAGGAAACUGCUUCCCAGGGCUCCCCCGAGUGCGUCCAGAUACCAAGUGGGAGGUGGGAGGUGGAGUGUAAUAGAAGACUCGAUCUCAAAAGUACAGCGUGGGAAUUGUUAAAAUCAAGUUUCUCCUGACUGAGAGACAAAGUCAGAGGGAGAGGAAACGAGGUAUCAAAAUGAAUUCUGAAAAUCCACCUGGUGUUUUUAAACUCUUUAUGUUUUUAUUCUUUUUUUGUAACUAUGACAGAGAUGUGCUAUUUUUUCAGUGGGCAAUUUUGUAAUACAUUCGAGACUCUCCAGAUGCGUGGAUGACUAAGGCAGUUGUACAUUGUUUCUCUGGACCGUUAGAUGGAUCACCUCGACAUCUGUGAAAGGCCAGGCUGCUGGGCAUGGGUUACCUGGGAAAGAACGCUUCUCUCGUUGAGUUAUUUACGUAUGUGAUGAGGCCCUUCUGCCUUGCCACACUCAUCCUCGUGCAAAAACAGAGUUUGGUUCUGCUGUAAAACUGUGCUGCCUGCUGGAACACGGUGUAGAUGUCAAGGGAGACCCCUGAAGGCGCUUUUUUCUCUGCCUUUAACGAUUUCCUAUUUGAUACUUUCUAAGUAGGCAGCAAAGGCAGAGAAAAUGGUCACCACCUUCAGAAAUGUCACAUCUCUGUAGGAGUCCAACACUUCCUGUCGUGAAAUCCAGGGUGUCCAAGGCAGGGAAGAAUAAAGGCAGUGCUGAAUCCGGAGUCAGGAGGCGGAGUUGAGCCGCGUGCUUGCUGGGCCUUGGCUUCAGCAUCUGUAAAGAGAAGGUGUUUAACAAGAUGAUGCCCAAGGCUCCUGCCGGUCUUAGGACCACUAAUGAGCAUUUUGCCAGGGGGACCCAUUUUUAGCGGUGAGUGAUGACACACAGCAGACUUUCUACCUUGGGCAGGCAGAGUUACUUGACAUGUAACAUAUAACAACAGCUUUUUGAGACUCAGCACGCCUAUGUGGCUGAGACUGACUGUCUAAAUAAUGGAAGUUCUAAGGCCAAGGAGGAGUUGCUUUGUUUUGCCUUGCUUUAAAAAGCCACACUUAGUCACAGAGUCUGCAGCCUCUGGAUACCUUCAAAUCCUCGUUCUCAGUGUGGAAUUCUUCAUCUCAAGGUAUUUCUUUUUCUAGGUCAGCAAAGGCCUGUACCACCUACCCCUCCUUCAGUCCACUUUGUCCAAAACAAAGUUUGGUAUUAAGUCAAAGGGAAUGAAGAGGAUAAUUAUAUAAAUUGGAUCCCAUGCCCAGAGAGAAAAUGCCUUUAGGAUUGGUGGGUGUUCUCUCUUCCUGCCAGUGACCAGGUAGAUCAGGAAUUGGUUGCUUAUGUGUGCCGUAGCCCAGCAGCCCCUAAAAGAUGCUGCCUAGGUGAUGACGCGCCCAGGUGGCAGAGCUGAGUCCGUGGACCUGACCCUAGGAAGGUUCUGCUGCAAGCUCCGUGAGUCUAGAAGGUUCUCCUUUACCAAAGACGUGUUUCUGAAGAAUUUUCCCAUGACUUUGUUAAUUUUAAGAAAAAAGAAUAAUAAUUAACUGGCAUGGAAGGGUUAAAAAAAAAAUGGAAAGAGCCAUUCCCACACAGAUCAUCCUCCCAAAGAAUAAACCCUGACCUGGGCCCCCCGUGGCUCAUAGAAAGUAUCAAAGGACAUGGGAACCCUCUUGAAGCAUCUGCAGACUUGAUGUGCAUUUUUCUGUAGAGUCUAGACCAGCACUCUCCAAUAGAAAUAUAGUAGAAGUCCCACAUGUAAUUUCAAAUUUCUUACUGGCCACAUUUUUAAAAAGCGAAAGAAAACAGGUAAGAGUAAUUUCCAUAAUAUACUUCUUUGUUCCAACGUUACUGUUUCCACAGGUAAUUAGUAUAAAAAGUAUUCAUGAAAUACUUGGCAUUCUUUUUCAUACUAAGUCUACUAAAGGCAGCUUGUGUUUGACAGUCACUCAGCUGUCCGUUUGGACUGGCUAAUGCUCCAGUCUUCAGCAGCCACACGUGGUUCAUUGUCACCUUGGAGAACACAGGGCUAGAGCUUCUCCAAUGUUCUCCCAAGAUUCUCUGACCCUUACAAAUAAAAGGGGUUAAAACCUAAUUACCACUAGAGAGAACUGGAUCCCACCCAGGUCACCUAAUGAGAGGCCCAGAGACCCACUUGCCUUAUAAUGGAUAAAUAUUCAGAACAUCCUUCCUGAAAUUUUUGCUGGGCCUGUUUAACCUUACCACAAUUGUCCAUGACCAUUUGCCGUUACUUCCUUGACCAGUUUUUUUGUUUGUUUGUUUUUUAAAGAAGUCACCCAAAGCAUGUUGGUUUGGUGCUGAGACAAAAUUAUAUCCUUCACAUCCACCCUUGGACAGAUGUGUGGCAUUCAGGAGCCAAACAGAAUUCCAUAUUCUAGUAAUGCAGAUUUACUUCCACCCCUGGUCCCCCUGCAGAUGGUCUUUUCCUAGUCCCAGUGGCCCCUAGCCCCAUCACUUUGGCUAAAAUGCAUGGAUUUGGGAGGAAAAAGUGGCAAGGUACAUACUGACUCCAAACACGAGACUCUGUGUGGCCUUCUCAAUACAGGAGAAGUCUUAGGAGCUUGUGACUUUCCAGCCUCAAGUUGAUGAAUUAUGAUGCCCUGAAACUCAGAAACCAGCUCUCAACUCAGAAGUAAACAUCCCCCUUCGGCCCCAAGGAGGUGGGCAAGAAAACGAGCAUCCCCAUUCCCUCAGAGUAAUUUAGAGCCCCCUCUAGGAAUUGCUGCAUCCUGUGUGGCUGAUCCCUUUGGGCAGAACUGAGCUUCGAUCAUGAAUAGAGUAUCGAUAUUUUGAUUUCAUCUCUAGGUUUGGAUUACCCCUAAAGUGUCAACUCUGUCAUCCUGGCAGGGAGUGAUGGAGAGCUUGGAGAAAGUAGAAAGUUAAAAGUAGCAAAGGCAUCUACCUUUUCUGACGUCACUGAGUAAUAAUCAUGACCAUGGAGGCAAAGAGGGUGUUUUUUUGUUUUGUUUUUAAUUGGGGGAUAAUUGCUUUACAAUAUUGUGUUAGCCUCUGCCAUACAGCAACAUGAAUCAGUCAUAGGUCAAAGAGGUUUCUCUGUUUUGUUUUCCCUCAUUCUGCUGGAAACAUCCUGCAUGCUCCUGGGUCUGGAUUCGGUCAUCCCAACCCAUGGUACCCAGGCUACUUCUGCUAGUGCUCUGACAUUCCUGAAGCUGACAUCCUUUCAGAACCAAAAACGAUGACAGACAGCCUGUCUUGGAUUCUUACUACCAUCACGUUCAUCAAGUCGAGAUGAAAAUUCUUGCAGAGCAUUUAGUUGUCUGUUGAAGGCAUCACCUGGACUGAAAACAAAGAAACCUCAUCAAAGCAAAACCCUUUCAGAAAACCACAGAGAGAGUCACACCCUCUGUGGAGGGAGGCUCCAACCCUCUGUGGUAAUAGAGCCUCUGAGGCCAUUUCUGGUAGCAUUUUUUAAUAAUACUUUCAUUUAGAUUUCUUUCCUUUUUUGUCUGGGUGUGUCUCUCUCUGCCUCUCUGACUGCCUAUCUCUUUCUUUGUCUGCACACCCCCACAUGCAUCCUUUUCCCAUCUUUCAGGACAGAAAACCCUUAGUGGAUCUGAGGAGGUGUUGUUAUUGUGAUUACCGUCCCUCCUGUUGUUGACGUUUUUCUUCUUUUUAUUGUGUGGCAGAAUCUAUCUCUGCACUUCUGAUGAGGAAAACCAGUUGACUAUAAAAGCAAAUUAACUUCCUCUGUAGUGGAGUUUGCCUCAUUUUCACUUCUCAUGUCACUAAUUUUAUCACAGACCACCUCUAGCUAUUGCCUUAAAAAAAAAAAAAAAAAAAAAAGACUUCCUUUCCAGAAAAGUCUCCGAGGCAAAUAAUAGCAAGGUAACAAUUCCAGAAUGCUGUCUAAUCUGUUAUCUUCCACCCCCAGCAUGUGCGACCUUCUCAGUCCACCACAGGCCCCCAGGGUUUGGAUUUCUUGGAAAAACACAUGGGCUGUACCGUAUCCGAUGUCCACUCCUGCUUCUUAACAUCUCGGCACAAGAACUUGCUCUUUGUAAGUGAUCUGAGAGGCCACUUCUUCCUCGAGACUGAAAAAGAAGCAAAAAGAAACCAUUCCCCCAAAGUGAGGGACGCGUAGUUCCUUGUGAGGUGCCCUGCAUCACAGAACUCCCUCUGUGUUAUUUGCAUGGCCAGAACUAAACAGUACUUUUGAUGAGGGCAAUUAAAAGGUGGUGAGGAUACGGCUUCCUGAUGACUCAGCGGGUAAAGAAUCCUCCUGCAAUGCAGGAGAUGCAGGAGAUGCCAGUUCGAUUCCUGGGUCGGGAAGAUUCCCUGGAGGAGGAAAUGGCAACCCACUCCAGUAUUCUUGCCUGAAAAAUCCCAUGGACAGAGGACCCUGCUGGGCUAUAGUUUAGAGGGUCGCAAAGAGUCUGACACGACUGAGUAACUAAGCGCUCAUGCACAGGGAUGCUUUUACCCACAGGGAGUUAGAAAAGAAGAUGGCAGGGAAAGUACAUGGAUGCUCUUCCUGAAUCACUUUUAAAUCAGAGGAUUUAAAACUAAAACCCUCCAGUUUUAGAGCUGACCUCUUUGGGGGCUUGUGUUCGUCUUAAGGAGUUUAACACUUGUGAGUUAAACACUCCUGAUUGCAAAGAAGGUUGGGAUUAUCUGAAAAAUAAAUUAAUUCUGAAAAGCAGUUGUGCAUUUCUCAUCACUUACCUCUUACCUUCCUGCCCUCCCUUCCCCAUCUCAUGACUCCAGGCCCCUUGUAAUUUAUAAAGACCCACAGAUGAGUAGCCACACUGUGCUCUUUGACCUUUGGGUGUCACUAAAUUAAUCAUCCCAAAACUCAAGCAGUGCAUCCAGAUCCUGGAUGUAGACUCUUCAUUAUCAAGUCCUUUAAUUGCAAACCCCUCUCAUUCUGCAAAGGAGCUGCUGAGGUUAUUUACAUCUCUCUUUACUGUCCUCUAAAUGAUGCCUGUCUUGAGUGCUUCAUGAUCAAGUGGCUUCUCCAGAAAUCUCCGUGAUUAAAGACCUUCUUAUCCUUGUGCUACUGUUAACAUUUGCAUUUACCACCAAGCCAUUCUGUCUCUGGCCACUGGACAAAUAUUUGUUGAGGAUAAUAAUAAGUCAAAAACAUGUAUCUCUCCAGAGGCUCUGUAGGUCUGAAGAGAGGGAGGGAGAAAACCCAUGGAGAAGGUAGCUCAUUCUGAGUCACCUAAAGUCGUUGCUUGGCAGGACAUCGGUGGUCUUGUCAUCCUUACUGAAGUGAAAGACUUGGAGAAGCAGAGAACGUCAGAUGGGGACCAUGUGUACUGUAUAAACCAAAGACCAUCCAAACAUGUGUCCACCAUCCCAAUGGACACAUGUUUCUUCCAGUGGCUAGUGUAACUUUUUCCCAAUGUGCUCAUAAAUAAAAGUGAAGUUGGUUCACUUGGUCGAAUGAAACUGUGAAGAAAUCUGAGGGGGUUUUCUCUUGCAGGCUGGAUUUCUCUUAUGAAAUCCAGAAAUCUGAAAAAAAAAAAAGCAUCAUGGCCUUACUACUGCACCAUCUUGACAGUCGAGUGCUUAGGCUCCUUUUCCCUCAGAAGUUUCAGACAAAUUGAGCGCUUUAUUGAACUCAGAAUAUUGUUCUCUUUGAGAAUGUGAAGAUUUUAAAUAGCCAAAGAAUUUUCGUGUAUAAGAGCUAGUUAAUUAUAGCAUAUCCUGCUCUUUUGAAGAAAAUACCAAACUUUGCCUGUAGUAAUGGAUCGUGAAGCAAUGGCAGGACUAUUAACUUAAGGACUCUUCAGUCUGUGUUUGCGUUGGCGUCUACGGUACUUAGUGUUAAACGGGAUGUUAUUGCAAGGGAGCAGGGUGCCCUCUGCUGGAAUCCUCACCAUUAUCCUUUCAGCCAGCUCAUCUGACGAGAGUCACCAUUUCCUCAACAACUAGUAGUGAUUUGCCUUUUAUUGUAGUUUCCUCAGUAGUUGAGAAUUUGGUCCACUUUUGUCAAAAUAGGGAGGAACGUCACAAACUCUGAAAACUGGAGGAGGGUCCCAUGGAACAUCUCUCUGUCAGCAGCCCCCUUCUUCCACAAAAUGUUGAAAGAAUAUUGUUUGCUCUGUUUGCAAAGGAGAUGCCUCUGGCUGGAAUGUUUGUACAGAGUUCUAAGACAAGGGCCUCAUUGUUUUGUAACAGUAUCUCAACUUUUUUCUUGUCAAAUUGCAAAGGAAGAUCAAUAAACAGAUUUCUUUCACAUGAA